AUGUCCGAACGAGUAAUGACGUCGGUGAUCCAAGACUCGAAACGCGAGAGCCGCGUCUAUGUGGACUAUGAGGUUUCGUCACCCCCACCCACGCCAGGUGCGGAAUGGGUGCGAUUCGUGCUGAUCUCGGACACGCAUUCGCAGGUCACGCCCGUGCCGGACGGCGAUGUGCUGCUGCAUGCCGGAGAUCUAACGACGUUGGGUCAGCCUGAUGAUCUGAAUGCCCAGGUCGAAUGGUUAAAAACACUACCACACAAGACCAAGGUGUUUGUAUGCGGCAACCAUGACUUUGCAGCGUGUACGGUAAACAACUACUACGAGACGCGCGGCCGCGAGCUCAACGCCCUGUUCAAGGUCAAGGACGCGGCAAAUGACGUUGAACGGGUAAAGGAGAUUCUCAGCAAGCAGAACCUGGAUGAAGGGGGCCUGAAGUAUUUGAACAACGAAGAGUGGGGGUUCAAGGUGGACAGAGAGGAGACUCGACACCAUACUUGGAAGGUCUGGGGUAGUCCCUGGUCGCCCGAAUUCGAAGAUUGGGCAUGGAACUACAAACGCGGUGCUCAGGCUCGAGAGAUUCACGCAGGCAUCCCGUCCGAUAUUGACCUCCUUAUCACCCACACCCCGCCACACACGCUCGGAAGACUUGACGCCAUUCGCGACGGCACGCCCGUUGGCUGCGAAGAGCUCACUCGACGCCUCACCGCCCCGCGCACCUCCCCGGACGCGAUCCGUCCGCUGCUGCACGUGUUCGGACACAUCCACGAAGCAAGGGGUGUGCAUUUGCUCGCGCAGCAGCAGGAUGAGGGGCAGCGAGAGGUGGAUGAGACGGUGUUGGUCAAUGCGGCGCUGGUGGAGUACGAUCAGGAUGCGUGGAACCUGAAGCGUAUCUUUUCAUACACCGUCGUGUGCAAACCGGUGAUUGUCGAUUUGCGCGUUCCAGCGCCCUCCGCAGCCUAG